AUGGAUGAUUUGUGGAAUCAAGCAUGGGAUUCUUUGAUUCAAGAGGUGCAGAGGGAGGCCGACGAGGAGACGGCGGCGGCGGCGAUCCCUCGUGAGAUUCUUCAUCGUCGGACAAUCCCACGAGACCAUGUCGGAGCGGCUGAUCGGCUUAUGGCCGACUACUUUAGCGCUGACCCUCGUUACCCGGCUGAGAUUUUUCAUCGGCGUUUCAGAAUGUCGCGACCGCUCUUUACCCAUAUAGCGACGACAUUGGCGGACCGGUUCGAGUGCUUCACGCUCCGGAGUGAUUGCACUGGCCGGAUCGGACUGUCUACUUUGCAGAAAUGCACCUCUGCAAUUAGGCAGCUUGCCUAUGCCGGACCGGCUGAUAUGUUCGACGAAUACCUACAGAUGGGUGAGAUGACUAGUCUAAAUGUGCUCCGGCAGUUUUGUAAGGGCAUUCGGGAAGUCUUUGGUCCGGAGUUCCUACGAAAGCCAACCCCUGAUGAGUGCCAGAGACUGCUAGAUAUGCACGGUUCGAACAACGACAUCAACGUUCUGCAGUCGUCGCCUAUCUUCAAUGAUGAGUGCCGGGGAGAGGGUCCAGAGAUCAAUUUUGUAGCAAAUGGCAUGCAGUAUCGCAGGGGAUACUAUUUGGCAGAUGGAAUAUACCCUCGUUGGCCCGUAUUCGUCAAGACACUUCGCCAACCGGCUGGAGCGAAGAGACAAUAUUUUGCGCGAAAACAAGAGGCCGCUAGGAAAGAUGUUGAGCGAGCUUUUGGUGUGCUCCAAGCGCGAUGGGCCAUUCUACGCUGCCCGGCACGAGUUUGGCACGAAGAUGAUGUCGCGAAUAUUAUGGUAGCAUGUAUCAUAUUGCAUAAUAUGAUAAUAGAAGAUGAAGGAUUUGCUGCAGAACGUUGGGCGCCGGAAGAUGGUGCAAGUACAAGUCACGGCGUUGCCUCCGCGCCGAUACAGAUGGGUGUACCACGUAGUAAUGAAUAUCUGAUCCAACGUUUCGCUGAUAUACGCAGGAGCACAGCACAUGACCAACUCCAGGUCGAUUUGAUUGAAGAGGUCUGGGCACGUAGGGGAGGCGGCGUAGCGUGA